GAGCUCGCGAACCUUCUCCUCGUCCCCGGCGCGCAGCUGCUCAUUCUCCGCCCGCAGCUCCUCCAGCUGCCGGUUCAACUCCUCCGCCUGGUCGUUCAGCUCGUUGAGCUCGCGAACCUUCUCCUCGUCCCCGGCGCGCAGCUGCUCAUUCUCCGCCCGCAGCUCCUCCAGCUGCCGGUUCAACUCCUCCGCCUGAACGUUGAGCUCGUUGAACGAUCGUGUCUUCACCUCCUCAUUUGCAUUACGGACUUCCUCAAGCUCGCGCUCCCUGUCGAAAAGCUGGCGGCGGAGUUCUGCCGACUGUUUUUUGAUCUCAGUUAG